AUGGUGACCAUCACAGGAUCAAACCUGGGCAUGAAGUACCAGGAUGUGGUGGGCGGAGUCACAGUGGCAGGUGUUCUGUGUACAGUCCAACCUGAAGGAUACCAGAUCUCCACUAGGGUUGUGUGUGAGCUGCAGUCCAGCGGGAGGCAGAGGGAGGGGCCUGUCCUGGUUACCGUGGGAAUGACUACGCCUGGCAGGUCGACACAGAUCUUCACGUAUCAGGACCCUCAGCUCCUGGACCUGGUCCCUGAUAAAGGUCCAGUCUCUGGAGGAACCAGGCUGACCAUCAGAGGACGACAGCUGCUGACGGGACAGAAGACAGACCUGAGCGCCUUUCUGGGACCACAGCCCUGUUACAUAGUGGAGGAGUUGACAGACUCCCAGUUGGUGUGUCAGACUGGCUCCAGUUCUCAGAUUGGGGAGGUUCCUCUGCGGGUUCUGUUUGGGAAGGCGGAGAGAACGGUUGCUAACGUGAUGUUCCGUUACCUUGACGACCCCGUCAUCACCGAUGCCUCCCCUGCCGAGAGCUUUUAUGCCGGUGGCCGUGUCGUCAUGGUGACGGGCAGGAACCUCGGCGUCGUGCAGCAGCCAAUCAUAGCGGUGUGGGUGGAGCCUGUGGAGGUCCAGAGGGUCAGACGGAGGAGACGAUUGGCUCUGCUCAAGGCCCGACGACAGCUGGUCUUCAACAGCUCCAUGACGACG